GAAGCCCACCGGCCUGGCUUCUCCGCUUGCCCGGGGCCCUAGUUCCCGGUCGUCGCCCCGCCCGUGGGGGAGGGGAAGGAGGCCGUGCCGGCGGAGGCAGAAGCAACGCAGAUGCGAAAGUAGCGGCCUCCGGGCACCAUUUCUGUGCCCGGAAACUGAAUCCGGGGUUGAAGGUGGCCGCCGCUCCACUUGCCGGGUUCUCGGCGUUCCCCCCGCCCUCCCCGGGUUAUCCCGAACGUGUUCGGAUACUGAGACUGUAACGUGCGUCUUCUACGUCCUUUUUCUGCAGACGAUCUCCUGUUACCCAGGAAUAAAUAAACAGGACGUUUCAUUACUUUGGGAAUGGGCUUUUCUCCCCCUACUAGUCUUUGGGGUAGGAUGAGAGGAGGAGCACCAUUUGACAUUGUGCAGCAAAGAAAUGGUUAUGGAGAAGCCCAGUCCGCUGCUUGUGGGGCGGGAGUUUGUGAGGCAAUAUUAUACUUUGCUGAAUAAAGCUCCUGAAUAUUUGCACAGGUUUUAUGGCAGGAAUUCCUCCUAUGUCCAUGGUGGAGUGGAUGCCAGUGGAAAGCCCCAGGAAGCAGUUUAUGGCCAAAAUGAUAUACACCACAAAGUGUUAUCUCUGAACUUCAGUGAAUGUCAUACCAAAAUUCGUCAUGUGGAUGCUCAUGCAACCUUGAGUGAUGGUGUAGUGGUACAGGUCAUGGGCUUGCUGUCUAACAGUGGACAGCCUGAGAGGAAGUUUAUGCAAACCUUUGUUCUGGCUCCAGAAGGAUCUGUUCCAAAUAAAUUUUAUGUUCACAAUGAUAUGUUUCGUUAUGAAGAUGAAGUAUUUGGUGAUUCUGAACCAGAACUUGAUGAAGAGUCAGAAGAUGAAGUGGAAGAGGAACAAGAGGACAGGCAGCCGUCUCCUGAACCUGUGCAAGAGAAUGCUAACAGCGCUUACUAUGAUGCACACCCCGUGACUAAUGGCAUAGAGGAGCCUUUAGAAGAAUCCUCUCAUGAACCUGAACCUGAGCCAGAAUCUGAAACAAAGACUGAAGAGCUGAAACCGCAAGUGGAAGAGAAACACUUGGAAGAGCUAGAGGAGAAGUCGGCCACUCCUCCUCCUGCUGAGCCUGCUUCUCUGCCCCAAGAACCACCAAAGGCUUUCUCCUGGGCUUCAGUGACCAGUAAAAACCUGCCUCCUAGUGGUACUGUUUCUUCCUCUGGAAUUCCACCCCAUGUUAAAGCACCAGUCUCACAGCCAAGGGUUGAUGCUAAGCCAGAAGUUCAGUCUCAGCCACCACGUGUACGUGAACAGCGACCUAGAGAGAGACCUGGUUUCCCUCCUCGAGGACCAAGGCCAGGCAGAGGCGAUAUGGAACAGAAUGACUCUGACAACCGGAGAAUAAUUCGUUAUCCGGACAGUCAUCAGCUUUUUGUUGGUAACUUGCCUCAUGAUAUUGAUGAAAAUGAACUGAAAGAAUUCUUUAUGAGUUUUGGAAACGUUGUGGAACUUCGCAUCAAUACCAAGGGUGUUGGGGGAAAACUUCCAAAUUUUGGUUUUGUGGUUUUUGAUGACUCUGAACCAGUUCAGAGAAUCUUAAUUGCAAAACCAAUUAUGUUUCGAGGAGAAGUACGUUUAAAUGUGGAAGAGAAAAAAACAAGAGCUGCCAGAGAGCGAGAAACCAGAGGUGGUGGUGAUGACCGCAGGGAUAUCAGGCGCAAUGAUCGGGGUCCUGGUGGGCCACGUGGAAUUGUGGGUGGUGGAAUGAUGCGUGAUCGUGACGGAAGAGGGCCCCCUCCACGAGGUGGCAUGACACAGAAACUUGGUUCUGGAAGAGGAACCGGGCAAAUGGAAGGCCGCUUCACAGGACAGCGUCGUUGAAGUUCCACUGUUGGCAAAGUUUUGGCAGUGGUACCUAACUCAUCGUGUUUGCAUUCUUGUUAAGUUUUUUUGGCUUUGGAAUGUGACACAGCCUUUUUGAUCAUUUCUUUGAUGUGAAAAGCAUCUUUUGGUUAUCAGUUAAAUUGAGGUGGACAUUAUUUCCCCAGUUUCACAACAGGAUUCAUAUUGUUAAUUUAUAAAGCUAGACUUGGAGAAUUAAGGACUGAGAAAUGACCAUAUCGUAAAACUGUCUACAACAAAAUGAACUUUAAAAACAAGACAUGCCCACUGAGUUCAGGUCAUUUGAGUUUAAAAAAAAAAAUCUUCUGCUGCACAUUUUGUUUAAGUGUUAACUGUUUCUACUAUUAAUGUUGGAAACACAAAUAGUGCAAUUUGUGCAAUUGGAGAAUCUUGCCUUUUUUCUUGGCUCCCCCCCCCAACACAAACAAACAGAAACAUGUUAUGUGUUCAUCAGAAUGCACUAUCGGGUACUCUGAAGUCAUUAACAUGAAAUCUUCACCAGGAGGCAACAGGGAAAAAAAAAAGUUUGAUCUUCUUUUCCAGUAGAGAAUAGUUUGUGAAAUGAUUUGAGGGCAUUCUAUCUGCUUGCUGUGACCAGCGUGUGCACACAAACCUUAACAAGACUGCAAAUAUUCCAGAAGGAAGUCAUUUAGUUAUGCACGAAAUAACAAAAAUGAGAACUUCGAAAGCUGUGGUCUUAAAUACUAGACCAGGUUUAGUAGCUCCGUUUUGUCAGUUUUCUACCUGCCCUCUUGAGUACAGGGAUGGAUGGCUGCUCGACACACUCCUCCCCUUUCCUUUCUUUAAGCUGUAUACAGUGAAAACUGUCUUUCCUAUAUUUUGUUCUCUGGUAAUGUAAUAAGCAUGAUGGUGCCUUCUAUAACAUCAUUCCAGUCUUGCUGGUGAUUCUGUACAGUGUGGUUUAUGAAUUGCUGUGCUGCAAAGCCACACAGCUGCAAAAUGUUGAAGAAAAUCAUUGAUGUAUAAAAAUUGCAGUAUCUUUAAAAUCAGUAAAAUGGAUGCUUCUUAUUUAUCUUGUUCUUCAGUUAACAUCUUCUGAGUGGGAGGGAGUCAUGUGUGUUAGAAGGGAGAAGUCAGUUGAAUCUCUAAUUGACUUUUCUUUUAGCUCCAGUAUGGACUAUAAAAACAUGAUCACUUAGUUCUUGGAAAAGUCAAACAACUUGGUGGACAUUUUGUCACAUUUUAGAAGCAGUCAGAUUCCCAAAAGCAGCACGUGAACCUGAGUGAGGAUACUGCAAUUUUCAGAGGGAAGAAUGGCAGCUCUUAGGGUGGGGAACGGGAACUGUCACUCAUUUUGCACAAUUCUUGAACUGAUGUCAGCACCCAAAUGGCUCCUGAAUUUAAGUCUGGGAGGACAUCUUUUUAUUUUUACAUGAAUCUUUAAACAAUUCUGUGAGCAAAGUUUCUAGCUGCUGGAUUAUUGUCUGUCUUUAUAGCAGGUUCCAGUGAACCACAAGAAUGGCAAAGGUUAUCUGGUUUUACAGUUGGAACAAUCAGUAUAUAUCAGAUUUCUGGUGUUUGAAGCAAGAAGCGGAGUAAACACGUGUGACCACUUAAAGCUGCUUGUUAACAUGGAAGACUUCUCCAUUCUACCUUAGUGAAAACAAAUACACACUUGACAUGGGAGCAAAUCGGUUCUGAACUUUGUGACUAUUUGCUAGUUAUUAAACUUGGUUUUUUGUCAACUGGGCAAUAUGGGUAAAAUUUACUUUUUUCCCUAAGAAUGAGGUCUUCCAUGUUUGAGGAAAUGUCUUGCACUAUUGCAUAUAUUUUGUGGACACAGAUUUUUGUAGUUUCCAUUUUGGAAGGCUAAAGUUUUUUGUUUGUUUGAAACAGUUUUACACUUUCUAAUGUACAGUACUUGAAGUUCGUACUAGAGAAUUACUUUGUAGUUUUGAAGCUUUUAUCCAAACUACUUUGAAAUAAGUGACUUUCUUGUCAGUGGUUUGCCCCAAGGUGUCAUUUUCUUUUGUUGUUAUUCCUCCUCCUAUUGUGUAUCUGUGUGUAUAUGUGUGUAAAUUUUUACACACAGCAACAUCUGCACAAGCAUAUAUAUUUUCAAUCCAAGAAAUUGCCCUGUAACCCAUAUAUACUGUUCUGGCAACGAAAGACAGAUGUUAAGUGUAACAGAUAAUUGGAGCUAAGAGCCAUUCAGCUUCAGCCUUUACAUACCACAAAUGAGACAUUAGAACAUCACAUGGAGAAGUUUACAUGGUGACUGUUCACCUGCAGUACUGUGGACUUUUAACAUUUUGUCCCCUUUUCAGUGAAACACUAAAAAGUACUCAUCUACCAUUACUGUUAUUUGCAGAUUUUAUUUUAUUUUGAUGGUAAUAUUCUAUCCUUAUGACACUAUUGCAACCAAAUUGGCUUUACCAUCUUGGCUUUAGUAGGUAUAGAAGAAAGUGGAUUACCAUCCUUAUUUUGUAAUGUGUUAAGCAUUAUAUGCUGGUAGAAUCUAGUUUAAUUGUUUCAGGUGGAAAGUAUUCUUUUGAGUUUCCAUUUUGAAUGUGUUUGGACUAAAACAAUAAACUACUGAUGUCUGCAGCA